GAAGGCAGCAGCUUCUUCCUGGAGGGCAUCCGCCGGGAUUCGCCGCCAGGUCUACGGCUGGACAAUCUUUCUUCUGCUGGUGCUUACGACUUGGGCGGCACAUGUCUGGUUGUUGGAGUACAGCAUUUCCUGGGUGCGCUUCUUUGCCUGCCCGAGGUUACCCGAAACGUCAGCAACGAUUGGUCUGCCGCCCUGAUCCGGCACGCGGCCCUGCUAGCAGCUGCCCUCGGCCUCACGCAGGUUCUUGCUGCCGUGCGCAGGCACCUUGCAGAGGACGGGCCAAAGCACAUGCCCCUCUCUCUGCUCGCCUACCUCGUUGGGCUCCAUGCAAUCAGCAUCGUGAACUGUGUGCCGAUGAAUCUGCACUAUUCGACUGAGUAUGCUUACGUGCUGAUGGUUUUUGGAAUGCAUCUUUCGGGCUUUGCAGCCAACUUCCUGAGCCCCUUGGCUUGGACCAUCGACGACUCUUACCUUCCUCAUCUGCCGCUGCUCUGGCUGAUCGGUACAGUGGACACUGUCAUUGCCGUGGCCGUGCGCGGGCCCCUUCUUCUCUACAGCAUCGUGAUGAUGAAGCGUCUCUGGUUUCUCGAUGGUGCCUGGCUGCUUCUGUUGACGGGCACGGUCGGGACCCUGCUCACUGUACCGGUGUGCAUCCUACUUCUACUUGGCUCCUUGCGGAGAUUCAAUGUGAUGAUGGGCCGGGCGCAGAUCAAGCAUGCUCUUGCGCCAUCUGCUGCGGGCGACCAUGGAUCCAGACGUGGGCCGGUAAAUGGCGAAAUGCCUGCUCAGGUCGAUGCGGUGGAAACUGCUCUGGAGAGGGAGCUGCAGCGCAGAGCAGCUCAGAACGUAGGCCAGCCAGAGACAGUCCGAAAGAUCUAUGAUGCCAGUGACUCCAGCGCCGCGAAGGGGCCAGCCGUGCCGAAUGUUCCCCCCGUCACUGCUGGGCGAAUGUUUGGAGACAUCCACAACCUCAAGGAGGAGGUGGCAAAAGGUGGAAAGCCUGAGGUCGGCACCCACACGGUGGCCUUGCAGAAGAAGUUCUCUGACAAUUUCUUCGGCAAGAUCGCCAAGAACAAGUAUUUCGAGGGCAUCACAAUUUCCGUGAUCUUCCUGAACGCGCUUGCGAUUGGGGUGGAUGCAGACUUCUCGGCGAGGAAUGAAGUACCAGCCAACCUCUACGAGGGGGAUGUCUUCUUCAUCGUGCUUGAGGUCUUCUUUGCUUCCUACUUUACCUUUGAGAUCCUCAUCCGGUUCCUGGCGUAUCGCCAAAAAUGCCAAUGUCUUCGUGACGGCUGGUUCAUUUUCGACUUGCUUUUGGUGUUGAUGAUG